AUGGACACGUUAUUGACCUUUGAAAACAGCUACGAGGCUUAUCAAAGUGAGUAUACUCCUAACGAUUGGACGCCCAAGGACCCCCGAAAGAUAUGGCACAUCAUCUUCCAAGUACCACAGGGCCAGAUUGCAGGUGUUGCUGCUCUUGCCUCGAGUCGCCAUGCAGGGUUCGUAGAAAUCACUGACGAUACCCAACCCAACCCAUACGACAACCUCCCCAACGAAGCUUACAUGCAAGCACUCAUCGGCGCUGUAGCAGGUGGCAAGCCUCGCGCUGCGGAUCCAGCUACUUUCAGCGGCUCCUACGUUGCUGGGCUUCCAGCAGAUGCAGCCGUCUCCUCGUCCGACUAUAGCUCCGUCACCCUCACUUGGUCCUCGGUCGGGAGUGCCCUUGGGUACGCCGUCUACAAGAACGGUGUACGGGUCGUGGAACUGCCACCUUUCAUGACCAGAGCGACGAUUGCUAUGCUCGAACCAGGAACCUCUGGUAUGACCUUCGAGGUUAGGACCAUCCUCGCAACGGGCAGUGGGGGCCAGAGCCGGUCUCUCUCGGGGAGCACGAAAAGCCUACCGUCCACUGGGACCGUCAGCAAUGUUGGCUUCACCACCGACGGUAACACGGCAACCUACAAGGCGGACGUCUUGGUUCCUUACGGAUUCGUUCGUCUCUUCCUCGGUAUCAAGCAACCCGAUCCUGGAAUCGGAAGAGGUUGGCCAAUCCACUCGCCUGCCCUAGGGGGUCCUUCGGGUGAGACUGCCUUCCAUCAGAUCGUGAAUUACCUCGUCGAAGGUAACAGUUUUUACUCUGGCUUCAGCAAAUACACUGGCACUUGGUACGAGCUAAGCCCUGACAAUGCGGAGUGGUCGUGGGAAUCUAUCGGGACUGCACCACAGACUCAGAAUGGGUAUACAUAUACGUGGACCGUCCCGUUGGCGGGUACUGAUGCUGUGGCCAGCGAAUAUCUCAUACAAUGUCAAGGAUACGCCCCGCUUAACAAUGUCUUCAAGGGAACUCUUCGUCACUACGGCAGUGUAUAG